AUGGCCGAAGCCGCAAAAGCAGCAGCCCGACAAUUACCAGGCUUCAGACUUGGCCAAAAACAAGUCUUCCUGUACGAUGCAAACCCCCCCUCCUACCCCCGAAACUCGUCACACCCGCCCUUCCCCCCUAAGCUAAUCAAGAACCUUCUCCCGUUCGCGCACAGUCCCAACCAUGUAAUUACCUUCCUCCGAAAAGAACACCUCCCGCCCAACGAAGCCUGCUUCCAGGUGCCGCUGCGCUUCACCAAGUUCGACCUCCGAGACUACCUACGGAACCUAUACAACGUGGAGGUGACCAAGGUCCGGUCGUACGUGAAGCAACAGCCCCUCACGCAGCGAAACUCGCACUCGCGGUCGUGGUACCGCCCGCAGCCGCUGAAGAUCAUGACGGUCGAGCUGGCGAAGCCCUUCCAGUGGCCUGAGGCGCCGACCAACCUGGAGCCGUGGAACCAUGAGCUCUGGAAGAUGAGGGAGGACCUGAUGGAGAAGAGGAACGAGGAGCAGAUUAAUCAGCAAAAGUUUGAGAUUGCAAUGAAGAGCAAGGAGGAGAUGACCAAGGAGAGGAGAGAGUUGAAAGGCCUGGCGGAGAGGAUGGUUAGGGGAGAGGUCAAGUGGGAUAACGGAGUGGCGCUGGAUCCGAAGUGGGAUUCUGUGCUGAAGGAAGCGCAGAGGAAGGAUGCGGCCGCUUGA